AUGGAUGACAAUAGGGGCCAGAGGAGGCAGGGUGGUGAACCGCCCAUUCACGGCUCUUCCAAUCCACGCUAUCACCAGUCGAUGCACGAGGCAUCGCAGCAGCAGCAGCAGCGACGAUCUUUCCCGAGCACGGGGGAGAGAUUUCGGCCUGCUCCCCUGAACACGUCUCCUUCGGGGGCAGCGCGGGGACUGGGCAGUUCGGCUGGCUACAGUGGAUACUAUCAGGAGCCGACAGCAACGUCCUUCUCUACCACUGCCAUAUCCCAAGGUGGGAUGGGCUAUCACAACUCAGCCGCCGACUACGGCCAGCCGGAUUCGCGGCAAACACAGACAUUUGCCAACACGUACAACCCAACGGCAAUGAUGUACAAUGUGCCGCAGGCUGCGGGGCCGCAGAACACUACCGUGUACCAUGCGAGCCAGCAGUUUCCCUCGCGGCAACCCGCAACAUUGCAGAUGAUGAGUACGGAUGUUGCAGCCCCUUAUUUCUCUAGCGAGCCAACCAACACUGGCGCUGCAUCCGCUAUGCAGGCGCAGACAGCGUCGUCCAGCACCCCCCAGGUAUAUCAGCAGUCUUCUCUGCAAAACUAUUCGACUAGUGGUAUCGGAAGCAUCGGGGGGAUGGCGGCACAAUCCACCGCCGCCUCGGAUGUCAGAAUGGAGGAAGAGUAUCCCCCGUCAGGGGGUUUGGACGAAGCGUACGCGUCAUACCAAUCGGCAUUGAAAGAGAUAUUUCAGAACAUACGAAGUGGAUUAUUGGCCGCCGCCAGCGAUUCUCUUCUCAAUGUCUCGGACUGGCUCCUGUCGCACGUUGCAGAAUUAGGUCUCACUUCUGAUGACCAGAAUUUACAUAGCGGUCGAAUCAAGCUAUGGAACGACUUCAAUCAUGCUUGGCUGGCAAUAUUCCAGCGCCAAAAGGAAAUGAUGGAGUCCGGACACCAGUUACAGCGUUCGCAAAGCGUAAUCGCGCAGGAAGAAAUGGUAAAGAUGGGCAAAGAGUUAGUAAGGCUCUGCGAUGGAAUCGAGCGCCACGGCCUCGUCGAUUAUCAAUAUGGUGUUUGGGAAGAACAGAUAAUCGCAAUUUUGGAAGAGUGCCUAGACCUUGGCAACUCGUCAAGUGCUGGCGGGAGCGAUGCGGCUGCAUCCGCCUCUCAACGUCAUUGA